AUGAAGCCCUUCAGCUCGCGUAACGGUGCCUCGGCUCAGCCUUCCAGGGAUGGUGAUGACAACUCCCGCGCCGGCACCCUUGUUCCUGCCGAGAGGUAUUCGGCGGUCUUCAAUCUUGUGGCGCUUCUUCACGGCAAUCCGGUCCACCAUCUCGCCAUUGAGGCCUUUGAGCGCAAUCACCUCGAAAUCAUGAGGCUGUCUCUUCAGCCUGACAUCGACCUUCGUGGUGUUGCCCGGCUGAUGGGCAUGGCUUCCGAGCAGAUGCUGCAGACCUUCGUUGCCGCCUCCGCUGCCGCCAACGGCUACAAGAAUCACGCCAAGUACUCCCACUUCUACUCUGUCGAGCUGGAGUUGGCCCAGGAGCGCUACGACUAUCUCUCCGACGACUACCGCUACAACAAGGGCAAACUGCUGAGCGUCGAGCAGCAGUUGAAGGUCAUGGGCGAGAAGAUUCAGGAUCUUGAGUAUGAACUUGAGAUCAAAGACAAGAAGAUUCUGGCUUUCGAGCACCAGCUGGAGGUCAUGGAGGAGAGAUUCCGGGAGGUCGAGCGGAAGGCUUCCAACAACAAGCAGCGGAUGGAUUCGUUGUUCCAAUGGGCUCAGCAGAAUGGCAUGGUCUUUCCUGUUCACAAAAGCAAAAAGCAGAACAAUCGCACAAUGGACCAGCAGGCCGCUUUCCAGAACAUGAAGCAGCGUGUGGCUGAAAUUCAGAAAGGCAUCGACGCGAUCACCCACACUCUUGGUGAACUCGAGAUGAAGAAGCAAAACGUCGAUCCCAAGCAUCCCCUCAAGCCCUUCAAUCUGAAGUACCUGGCUACCCAGCUGCCCUCCAUUGCGCCUCAGUCGGUCAUUCUCAACCGAGGCUACAUCCAUGAGGUUGCCAACAGCAUCUGCUACCCGGUUUGCAUGUACAUUGCCGAUGAAGACGGUCUCCGGAAGAAGGACUACUUUACCACCGCGACCUACAUUAUCGCCGCGCUGCUCGACUCCAUGCGCGACCACCGUGGCCUGAUGAUCGAGAGCAAGGGCAAUGAGAAGAAGCAGGCCCGCAUCAACUAUGUUCUUCGCGCACACAUGUUCGAGGUCCAGGCCAAGGUGCACGAGGCAAUUCAGCAGGCCUUUGGCGAGCCUGGAAAGGAGGGAACUGCGGACGUUGAUGGGAAGCGAUUCGUCUACGCAUUGGCUGCGGAGGUAGCUCCCUACGCCACCAAGAUCCUCGGUUAG